AUUUUUUUCUGUCUGGCAGGCACUAACUAAACAGAAGUAGGCAACUGGAAACGUGUCAAAAUAAAUAUCUUAAUUUUAUUUUAAUAAUAAUUUGGUUUUACAGUUUAUUCUUUUACCAUUGUUUUUAGUUAAUUAUAAAAUGUUUGAGCAAAAAACUUAAUUGUGAUGAAUAUUAUAGAAAACUCUUUAUUAUAAUAAUAAUACUCAUGAUAAAGAAUAGAGCAUCAAUUUGAAAGCUGCCUAGAAAAUAAACUAUCCUUUUUUUUCUAUUUUCGUGCAGCAUGUGUGAUAAAACAUUCGUAAGAAAAAGUAGUUUACUCUCUCAUAUUCAUACUAGAGAGAAAAUAUAUUCGUGUAGUGUGUGUGGUAAAACUUUUUCAUUGAAAAAUACGUUAUAUAAACAUUCUCAAGUUCAUACUGGAGUAAGGGCUUAUCCUUGCAAUAUUUGUGAUAAAUCUUUCAAGCAGAAAUCUAAUUUAAAUCAACAUUUGCGUAUUCAUACGGGAGAAAAGCCUUAUUCAUGCAGUAUAUGUUAUGAAACAUUUGCAUCUAAAAGUAAUUUAGUAAGACAUUCUCUUGUUCAUACUGGUGAAACAGCCUACUCUUGUAGUGUCUGUGGUAAAACUUUUAAGCAAAAAUGUAACUUAAAUCAACAUUUGCAUCUUCAUACAGGAGAAAAGCCUUAUUCAUGUACUGCAUGUGGUGAAAAAUUCACAUUUAAAAGUAAUUUAGCUCAACAUUUUCAUACACAUACAGGAGAUAAACUUUAUUCGUGUGAAGUGUGUAAUAAAAAUUUCUCUCGAAAAAAUCACUUAGAUCAACAUUCUCAUAUUCAUACUGGAGAAAAACCUUAUUCAUGUAGUGAAUGUGAUAAAACGUUUUCUACUAAGAGUAGCUUAAAUAGACAUUCUUUUGUUCACACUGGAGAUAAGCCUUAUUCAUGUAAUGUUUGUGAUAAAGCUUUUAAUCAAAGGAAUAAUUUAACUAUCCACAUUCUCCAUGUUCAUGCACCUAGAUAAAGUCUUAUUCAAGUAGCAAAAUAUUUUAAUGAUUUUAUUUGUCAUAUUUAUGUAGAAUAAUAUUUGAGGUUGAACUUUCACAAGAAAUUAAAAUCAUCCUUUUUUUUAUAACCAUAUUGGAAGCAUAAUUAAUAAUAAAGAUUAAAGUAUUUCACAUUUGAGCACUCAUGAAUAUAUAUAUGUUGUAUUUAAAUAAUAUUCUAACAUUUAUUCAUUUCAUUCACUUUCACCCUUAAGUUAUUCUACUUUUAAUCAAUUAAAGUAACGUUCUACAAUUAAGUUAAAAUGAGAUGUUGCCCAUUUCCUUUUAUACUUUAAUUUAUUUAACUAGUACUUCACGAUUAUUUCAAACCUGUUAUAUUUUAAGCUUUUCACUUUUGAUAAAAAUUCUCUUUAAAACUCAAAAAAUUACAACCAGAAGCACAGAUAAGUCUCCAAUUGUCUUCAGAAGAAUAUGACAAUUUCUAUAGUUUAUUUCCAGCAACCUCCAAAAAUUUAUCUUAAAGCAAUUGAGAUAGUUUUUUCUCUGUUAUUUUAUAUUGGAUAUCUUAAUGCUUUUGUCUGCAUUCGAAAAUGAAGCUCUACACCAAUUGGAUGAAGUAUUUUUAUGAAGUUUCUAAAAUAAAUUAGAUAUUAAUUCCUUGA